AUGCGUCCGCCCCACGGUCCGGCCGCCGUGGCUCCCAUCGAACGAACGAACGGCGAAUUUCGGCGUCUUGAAAUUUGCCAAACCUGUGGGUCCGGACCCGCUCCAGAAGAGGUGCUCACGGAGACGGUUAUCGAGUCGGCGUUGAGCUCGCUGGAUGCUCCAGAAGCUUCUCUAGAUGCUCCAGAAUCCUAUCCAGAUGACGUGAUGAUAUGUCGGCGGUGUGACACAAGAAUGGGUUUCUAUGACGACGACGAAAGUGCUGAAGGCGUGGAAACGAUUCAUGAAGAGUAUGCAUACAUUGACGACGAUGGCAAUGGAGUAAUCAUCGAGGAGAUUGUCGAAGAUGAGGAGAUCCAGAAGGAGGUCCCAUGGGACAACGUCCCGGUGAAGGGGUGUUUGGAGAGUCUGGAGUCGUUUGAGAUGGUGGUGAUGAAGAGGAUGGAAGAGGAGGAGGAGGUUCUAGAAGGUUCCAAAGCUCCAAUGGCUCUAGAGGCUCCAGAAGAUUCCAAGCUGCAAUCCUCGGAAGAUCAGGAUCUAGAAGGUUCGAGGCAGACGACUCUGGAAGGUUCCAAGGCUCAAAUAGCUUCCGUGCAGACCCCACAAUUGUCUAGGAUAGCUCCAGAAGCUUCCAUACUAUCCACGGAUCUGGAAUAUUCGGAGCAGAAGGAUCGGGAAGAUCCUGAAGGCUCCAAGUUGCGAUCUCUGGAAGAUCAGGCUCUAGAAGGUCCCAAGGCUCAACCAGCUUCAAAUGAAGCUCCAAAAACGGUUCUUGAUGCUCGAGAAGCUUCAAUCUGGACCCGCCGAACGCAUCCGCACGGCUCUCCCCUGUUCUACGAACCCACGCCCAAACUACCUGUCCCACCUGGAAUCCCAAAGAUCCUCACCCCCGAAGACUAUGUUCAAGAGCAAGUUGACGCUCGCCGUGAGUCCUAUAUCACUCCCCUGGAAGACCUCUACGCCCAGUACAACCAUCAGCCGAUCCUUCAAAAUGGUAUCAUCCGAGUGAUCCACACGCCACCUCCACCGCGACGUGUCUCGUUUGCGGUCGAUCUGAGACGGACGUCGUCGUGUGGAACGUUGGAUACGGCGAAGGAGGAGACAGGACGACCGUUUUGGUAUAUUGAUGAUGAGUCGGAGACGCAGAGUACUGUAGGAGGGAGUACUGUAGUCGAAGUGGAAGAGAAAUCUAGCGGUGGUGGCGGAUACUUGCCAGCGUUUUUGAGAUGUUUGGUGUGUCAAUGCUUCUCAUUUGGAGAGCAGGGAGAACUCGCCGAGGCCAACGACACGGUCGAGGAGGUGAAGCCGACGAGCGCCAGCGGCCGCGGCCGCCUCGCCCGCCGAAUGACCAUCGAGGAGGAGCACGCUGGUGACUAUUUCAAGCAAGAGCAGAAGCUCGCCGCCGUGCCAGCCACCACCCAUAUGGAGCACUUGUGCCGUCUGGACAUUCGCGAGGCGCCGCAUCUCGUCCGUCAGACCGGAAUCAUUUGUACGAUUGGACCGGCGUGCGCCAGUGUCGACAUGUUGCAAAAGAUGAUUCUCAACGGAAUGAACAUUGCUCGUCUUAACUUUUCGCACGGAUCGCAUGAGUAUCACGCCGGCACGAUCGCGAACGUCCGCGAGGCUGCCGAUUCGUUCUCGGACAAACGCGUGAUCGGAAUCGCUCUCGACACGAAAGGACCCGAAAUCCGUACUGGCCUGCUCGCCGGCGGCGCGUCUGCCGAAAUUGAGCUCGUCAGGGGAGCGUCGAUCCGUCUGACCACCGAUCAACACUUUGCCGAAUCGGGAACCGCCAUCAAUCUGUUUGUGGAUUAUAAGAAUAUCUCAAAGGUGCUGGAAACGGGCUCCCGUGUCUAUAUCGACGACGGACUCAUCUCUCUGAUCGUCGAGGAGCUUCAAGAGGACGCCGUCGUGUGUACUGUAGAGAAUGGAGGAAUGCUGGGCAGCCGAAAGGGUGUCAAUUUGCCAGGAACCAUUGUCGACUUGCCGGCUGUCUCGGAGAAGGAUAUCAAGGACUUGAAGUUUGGUGUCGAGCAGGGUGUCGAUAUCAUUUUUGCGUCGUUCAUCCGUAACGCUGAUGGAAUCCGCACGAUUCGGAAGGUGCUCGGAGAGAAGGGGAAGAAGAUUAAGAUCAUUGCCAAGAUUGAGAAUCAGGAGGGUGUCGACAACGCGGACGAGAUCAUUUCCGAGUCGGACGGUGUGAUGGUGGCUCGUGGUGAUUUGGGAAUUGAGAUUCCAGCGGAGAAGGUUUUCUUGGCGCAGAAGAUGCUCAUCUCCAAGUGCAACCGUGCCGGAAAGCCAGUCAUCUGCGCCACCCAAAUGCUCGAAUCGAUGGUCCACAAGCCACGUCCAACACGUGCCGAAGGAUCCGAUGUCGCUAAUGCGGUCCUCGAUGGUGCUGACUGUGUAAUGUUGUCUGGAGAGACUGCGAAAGGAGACUAUCCAAUCGACGCGCUCAAAAUCAUGCACUACAUUUGCAAGGAAGCCGAGGCCGCCGUCUACCAUCGUCGUUUGUUCGAUGAGCUCCUUUUGAACACCCCAAAACCGACUGAUAUGUCGCAUACGAUUGCCAUCGCUGCCACCUCGGCGGCUGCCUCGUGCCACGCGUCCGCCAUCCUUCUCAUAACCACCACCGGACGUUCGGCGAUCCAAUGCUCUCGAUACAAGCCGGCCGUCCCGAUUCUGACGAUCUCUCGUGACAUUGCCGUCUGCCGUCAACUCCAUCUCUACCGUGGCGUGUUCCCGGUUCACUAUCCGGCCGAGCGUGCCGCCGAUUGGCCGACCGACGUGGACAACAGAAUCAAUCAUGCGAUCGCGAUUGGCAAGGAUCGUGGAUUCAUUCAUCGCGGCGACUUUUUGAUUGUCGUCACUGGAUGGAGACAGGGAGCCGGAGCCACCAACACUCUUCGCAUCAUCACCGCCGAAUAG